UCUCUCUUUCAUUCUCUAUCGUUCGUUUGUUCGUGUGGAUGUGUUUUCUUUUCACGAAGAUAAUCUCUAUUUCGAUUCACAGGUUAACGGACCCAAUCUUAGACUCACUUGAGCAUACGCACUACACUCCACCAGACGGCACCGCCAUUUCCCCAAAAGAGAUACUCAAAUCUCUGCUACCCCGCAAAACGUCACAAAGAAACCCUAACAUCACAGAGCACCAAGUCCGCACCUCGAUCAAGGACUUCGCUUUAGCAUGCGCUUUACUAUCUGCCUCUCAAUCCUCGACUCACGAAUUGCUCUCAUGGAUCCCUAGACACCUCUCGGCCGCCGUGGAAUCAACCUUUGAGGAGAUCUCAAUUGGUUACGUUCGGGUUUUUGCGGAGAGAAAUUCGGAGAGGAUGGCUGUCUUUGGUGUGGAUUAUUCUGGUUCGGUGAGGGAGGAUAAGAGGCUUAUAGUUGAACUGAUGCCCGAGGUUUUACCUGUAUUGAAGGAGACGAUUAAGGAGAGUUCAAUUGAUAAGAGCAGUGAAGGUGACGAGAUUUCUGCAGCAUCAGCUAGGGCUCCUGUAGGAAAUGCAAUUCUGGGUGCUUAUCAGUUUAGAUGGUUUGUUAAUCAGAUUGAUCCUCCCCAUUUGGGAAAGUUGUGUAAUUUGGUCAUUCCUUGUGGAUUGACAGCACUUGAUCACUGGUCUCCUGAGGUCAAAGGGCAGGGCAUGAUUAGCUUUAUACAUCUUGCAAAAAAUGUGACCGCAGCAGAGCUCGGGUUAUAUGGAGAUGUGAUUCAUGAUGCAUGUUGCCAUAACAUUGCUUAUGAUGACAUAUGACUUCAUGUUGUUGAGAUGACAAUACUUCCUUAUGGCGUCUGUGCUUUAUCUCAAAAAAAAAAAAUAGCAUGGCGUCUGUGCUCAUGGCUGAUAAAAGCAAACUUCUUUUUUUUAUUUCGUAUUAGACCUCUUGCACCAAUGAUGUUUGUACUUUGUUUAGGAAUAUUAUCAAUUGAAAGCUUCGACAUAUCUUCAUGUGUCUUUUCUACAUAUUGUUUGGUAAUUGUUUCAUUAUAUUCAUUGUUCCAAAGGUUUGAGAAGAUAAUGAAUGAGAUGUUAUGUCACUUGGAGCGCCAACCAAGAAAUAAGGAACGUCGAAUUGCAUGGCUGAGAUUUAUCGAGCCAUGUCUUAAUGCUCUUGGUCUUAUAUUAUUGGCUCAUUUUAAGCGUAUAUUCCUGCUGAUCUUUCGAUGGAUGCAUGUGGAUGAUGAGGAAACUGUUCUACUAGUUCUUAAACGGCUCCAGACACUUAUAAGGUUGACGUGGAUAAGAAAUUCGCCCUUCUUUACAAGAUUGGUGGAUGAACUUGUUGUCCUGUACAAGGAAGCAGCACUGAAAAAGGCUCGCGAAGAAAUUAGAACCAACAUCCUUCAUAUAUUGCUCUUGCUCCAGCAAUGCAAAGGCCAACAAUUUGAGGCAGCCUGGGAUAAGCACCGGGAAGAUACAAAGUUGAGUGGUUUGUGCUCCUCUUUAUCAGCCAGUAGAGAUGUGCAUGCCCAGACCCAGAGCAGUUUCACUGAGAUUGGUCAUCAGAGAGGGUUACAGGCAGAGCUAGUAUCCACUCUCUAAACUUCCUUCGAGUACUAAUACCUCUUAAUUUCAGCCGUUGGAUUGAGGUACUUAAUACUUUUGUAAUGGCUGAGAUAGAGAGAAACCCCCCAAAUGAAAAUACACAACAGCUGUUCCAAAGAUUGUUUAGUUGAAUUCCGGGUGUUGUAGCUACAGAUGGUUGGUAGACGGGAUCUGUUGAAGAAGAAAAAUAUUGUAUAGAAGCCAGCAGGAAUCUAGUAAACAUUGCUAACUUUGACUGCCGUGAGCUGUGGAUUGGAGCCACGUGGCAGUGGUGGCCCCUACUACUCCCGUUGGACGGCUUCUAAGAUACGUAUCUUGUAAUCAUGACAGUUAUUUCUGUUAUGUUACCUAGUAUGGCUGUUAAUUUUGGCGGGCAAAUUAAUGAUGUUACUCAGCCUACUAUAAGAAUGUCCUUUGUGCA